AUGCCAGCCUAAUACUCUUGCCAUCCUCAGGUCAUGUUCCUGUCUAACAUUACUCAGUUUAGCCCCGUAUUCUACCUCACUGGCUUUCCAGGACUGGAAACCGUUGAGCACUGGAUUUUCAUCCCCCUUUUCUUUAUGUACCUUAUGGCCAUCUCAGGCAACUGUUUCAUUCUAAUAAUUAUUAAGAGCAACUCUCGUCUCCACACACCCAUGUACUAUCUACUGUCCUUGUUAGCCCUCACUGAUCUGGGACUGUCAGUGUCCACCUUGCCUACCACAAUGGGGAUUUUUUGGUUCAAAUCCCACAGGAUCCACUUUGAAGCCUGUCAAAUCCAGAUGUUCUGUAUCCACUCCUUUUCCUUCAUGGAGUCCUCCGUGCUCUUAGUCAUGUCCUUUGACCGCUUUGUGGCUAUCUGCCACCCACUGCGGUACUCGGUCAUUAUCACUGGCCAGAGAGUAAUCAGGGCAGGCUUGCUUGUCAUCCUCCGGGGACCGCUGGCCCUUAUCCCUAUUGUUCUCCUCCUGAAAGUCUUUCCCUAUUGUGAGCCUCUAGUUCUCUCCCACUCAUUUUGCCUACACCAAGAAGUGAUACACCUGGCCUGCACAGACACCACCUUCAACAACCUAUAUGGGCUGACACUGGUGGUCUUCACUGUGAUGCUGGACUUGGUGCUCAUAGCACUCUCCUAUGGACUCAUCCUACACACAGUUGCAGGACUGGCUUCCCAAGAGGAGCAGCUCCGAGCCUUCCAAACAUGCACCUCACAUCUCUGUGCUGUGCUCGUAUUCUUUGUGCCCAUGAUGGGGCUCUCCUUGGUACAUCGCUUUGGGAAGAAUGCCCCACCUGCUGUCCAUCUUCUUAUGGCCAACAUCUACCUUUUUGUGCCUCCCAUGCUCAACCCAAUUAUUUACAGUAUUAAGACCAAAGAGAUCCGCCGUGCCAUCACCAACUUCCUGGGUCUUAGAAAGGCCAGUGCUGAGUUCUAG